CACGCAUGCGUUUUCAUUCUGUUGCAUUCUAUUCACUUCUAUUCUGUUUCUACUCCAACGUCAUGUAAAUCCUUUCACACCAUCGAGGAAGUUUCUAUCAUAUGAUACGCAUUAGUUAAAAAUAAAAUAAUUAGAAAGGAAAAGCUUGUAAAACAUACAUAUCUGAUAAUGACGGAAAAAAUACGGAGAUAUGAGAAAAUCGAUUUUCUGGGUGAAGGACAGUUUGCUACGGUUUAUAAAGCAAAAGAUAUUGAAACAAAUACAAUUGUAGCUGUAAAGAAGAUUAAAGUUGGAAGUCGUGCAGAAGCUAGAGAUGGCAUAAACAGAACUGCAUUGCGAGAAAUUAAACUGCUACAAGAAUUAAAGCAUGACAACAUUAUUGGCCUAUUAGAUGUUUUUGGCUAUAAGUCAAAUGUAUCACUAGUAUUUGACUUUAUGGACACUGAUCUAGAGGUGAUAAUAAAGGAUAGCAAUAUAGUUUUAACUGCGGCCAAUAUAAAGUCAUACAUGAUUCAAACUCUUCAAGGCUUAGAUUAUCUUCAUUUCAAUUGGAUACUACACAGAGACUUAAAACCGAAUAAUUUACUGGUAAACUCAGAAGGCGUUCUGAAGAUAGGAGAUUUUGGUUUAGCGAAAUUUUUUGGGUCACCUAAUCGAAUAAACACACAUCAAGUAGUCACAAGAUGGUACAGAGCACCUGAAUUACUUUAUGGUGCUAGACUUUAUGGAACUGGGAUUGAUAUGUGGGCAGUGGGUUGUAUAUUAGCCGAGCUUCUUUUGCGAGUGCCAUUUUUGCCUGGUGAAUCUGAUUUGGAUCAACUUACUAGGAUAUUUCAAACAUUAGGUACUCCAACGGAAGAAACAUGGCCAGGAAUGAUUGAAUUACCAGACUUUAUUCAAUUCAAGCCCUUUCCUGGCACACCUUUGAAGCAUAUAUUCACCGCUGCUGGUGACGAUUUACUGGAUUUAAUUGCUAGUCUCUUGAAUGUGAACCCACUGGAAAGGUGUACAUGCGAUCAAGCGCUGCAGAUGCCAUAUUUCAGUAAUAAACCUGCACCCACAGCUGGACCGAAAUUACCUCUACCUACAACCAUUAAACGACAACGUGAAGAAAGACCUAGUCUGAAAAGAAAACUAUUAGAAUCAAUAGAAGGUGCCUCUUUAGCGAAAAAAUUGCAAUUUUAAUUUUUAUUAAUAUUAGAAUAAAAUGAUUGAAGUCAUUCAUUAAAUAUAACAGUAACAAUUUUGGAAAAUUGGAAAAGUAAAGAUUUUUAUUAUAAUAUCGUCAGAGUAUUGUAUCCCAUUGUAACAAAUGUACAUUGUAUAAAAAUGUUAUCUAAAUUAUUCUUAUACAUAUAGGCCUAUAUUCUGAAUCCUCUUUUAUCGAUAAAAGUAUGACUCUAUAGUUCACGGCUAGAAGGCUUAUUAAGCUGUUUUUAGAGAUAUUUUUAUCGAUAAAAGAGACUUUAGAGUAUGGACCACGGUACAUAUAAGAAAUACAUGUGAUUAUAGUAUACAGAUUUUAGUAUUUAGUAAUUUAAAUAUUUUUUUAAUUAAAUAAUAUCUCAUUAAUGUUUUUUUUAUAAUCAUGAUGUUUUUGAUAAUUAAAUAAUUAAUUUAGUGCAAAUAAGUGAAGGGAGCAGGAAAAAGUACAAGAAUGGGUAACAAUAAUACGCGUUUCGAAAAAGACAAUGUUAUGUUGCGAUAUCUUUAUUAACUUAAAAAUUAGUAAAAAACGAGAUAUUCAAUUUUGUGAACUACGAAAUAUUCAAUUCUAAAUAUUACGAAAGAAAUGACUAGCUAAUCACAAAAUAAAACAUUAAUUUUGUUGAUCAAAUUUUUUUUAUACAAGGUUGAUUUUCACGGUAAGUACAGACAAUAAUACGAUAUUCACAUAGCACAUUUCAUUUCGACAUAAUCUGUAAUUGUAUUAAAUCGAUUUACUAAGUUUCUUGGAAGAAGAAAAAAACAAGAUAAAUUACAAAAACUUCGUAAUUUAUCUCAUAAUUUGCAUUUCGCAAGUAAUCGACGAGUUUUGAUCGAUUGAAAAAAUAUCUCAUUAUAUUCAUGGAUUAUGAUUUCAAAUGCAUAUUUUGUAAAUAAUGCUCAUGAUUGUACUGCAUUGAAUUCUCAAUGCGUAUUUAUCUCUGAUAUAUGUACAUACAAAUUAAUCAUAUGCUAUACUGCAAAUCAGUAUUGUUGCACAAUAAAGAUACAAUUUAGAACAA